CUCCCACCUCAGGUUCAGUUUACACUCAGGAGCUCAGCGGGGCGCAGCAGCGUUCGCUUAUCUGCAACUUCAGGCGAGUAGAGGUUGUAAAGGGAGCAGCGACUGCGUCAACAACUCCGCCGACAAGGUAAAGAAGUAGUAAUUUAAUUCAAACGUUAAAGUUCAAACCAAGUUUUCACCCAACAAACUGUGAGGGAGCUGCACGAGAUGCCACCGUUUUAUAAGUGUAACGCGCUCGAGCGCUUAACGGUUAGUGUUUGAGCGUCUUUAUGUAGCGUUGUGAGGACAUUUCUGUUAAAACCGACACAUACAGGGGACAAAUUUAAAGCGUAUACAACGAAAUAUCAUGAAAUUUCGCGAUUAAACGUCGCUCAGGAGUAGAAUUCGUCUGAAAAGUAUAGUUUUAUGGCUAGAGUUUGAUAUCAAGUAACAGUUACGACUCUUUAAGCAACAUUUUGUAGUGUAGAUGUCUCCAGAAGUGAUACGGUUGUAUUUAAUGUUUACAAAGUAUGAUGAAGUUGGGGUGUACAGUUGCUGGAAUCAAUUUUUAUUCAUUUAUUUGUUAGAUAUUUUGUUUAUGGCCACUUAAGUCAUAUUUUGUAUGGUGCAUGGUUAUGUGAUGGUCUUUUUAACUGGACAUAUUGAGUACUGAUGGCAUGUUUCCAUUGCAGGAACUUCCAGGAACCAAUGGGAUAGCAAACCAGAACCAAGGGUCUAAAUUAAAGCUCCUGUGAGGAGUUAUUGACAUUCAUGAAACAGACUGAAAUUCAUAUUGGUGCUUCUUAUUAAUAUUUGAAAUCAGAACAGAUUAUACAAGAUGACCAAAACCUAUAAUUGAAUCUUUUGCUUGUGAUUCUGUAAUUCUUUUAACACCCUGUCUUUCUUGGGAAAUCCCCCAAAAUCUGAGUAGGAAUCUUUAUUGGAUGCAAGUAGAGUACUUCAGUUACAUUUGUCAUCUCCUAUGACACAAUUUGUGUUGAAGAGGUAACCACACACUGGUUCUACUAUAUGCUUUUUUUUUAACACAGUAUCUAUAUUUAAAUUUUUUCAAAGGCAGUGAUCCCCAUUAUUGGUAUAUUUGGAAAACCCUUGUGUAGACUAUAUAAGAUGUGGAUAUGCUCCGUUAUAUAGGAGUGAAUCUGGUAUUGAAGUGACCUGAACUCCUCUGGUUGCCAAAAAAGCCUGAUUGUGUCAAACUAAAUUAGAUAAUGAGCCUCUUUAUCAGCUGAUAUACCUGCUUAGUAAACACUGUACUGGUAUUUUUAUGGUCCCAAUUGGUUGUUUCAAGCCUCCAUGGUAGAAUGAUACUUAUUUCAAAUAAUGGUCCCUUUUGGAGUUAAUCAACUUAAAUUGAUGACUAAAACGCUGAACUCACUCAUCAAACUGAUGAAGUGUAAAUUUACUGACAGUCGUCAUUUUUAUUUUCUCUCAACAGGAUCCAGUUUAUGAUAAGCAGAACAGAAGGAGGAAGGAGCAGGAGUUUUGGAGAAGUCAACCUUACCGGCACAGCAAGACAAGUGGUUCAGCUGCCAGGAAGACUUAAGAAUCUAGUCAUCUUGGACGCUGCACUCUCCUUCCAGGAAGGGGCGGAUAGGAGGAGCUGUGGCUAACCGGCAGCCAUGCACCGCUUAAGGACUACAGUGUCAAGGCUUCGGCCUCUAACUGCUGCACAGACAGCACAGAGCCGGCCACAGCACAGACUGAUUGUGACCAGAGGAAGCUUAAGGACGUUUCAGCCUGGAAGGCACCUGAACACAUCAGUGGCAUCUGAACCCUUUCUCAAUGGAACCAGCUCGAACUAUGUGGAGGAGAUGUACUACGCAUGGCUGGAGAAUCCCAAGAAUGUGCACAAGGUAGCAUGCAUCACUGUGUGUGUUGGAUGUCACACCUGAGUUGUGUGGUUUUGAAAACUUGAAUGUGCCUUCGGGGAAGUACUAAUACACAGAUGCAAAACAGGUUCAGUGCAACUUUACACUUCACAAAGGGUAUUGAUUUAUUUCCUUAUCUUGGUCCCUUCUCAACAUACUUAAUCGUGCAAGUCAAUGAGUGGUCAUUUUAGGAUUGAUUCUGCUUCAGCUACAAAAUAGGGUGCAAAGUCUGCAGAGCGAAUCAUUGUCCUCAUCAAAGUGCAUCCUCUUAAAGUGCUUCUUUUUGCCACUGGCUGGUUUGUAUAGUUUUGCAGGAGUUCCAAGACUAUAAGUCACCUCACUCAACAGAGUUCUGGAGCUUAUGUCUGAUUUGUGAAUGUUGUUUUGUGGUUGUGUUGUUUUCAAGGCUCAGCUCAGAUCCAACACAUUAUUAUACCACCAACAAAAUGAACCGGUUUAGUUUGUGUUAGACCUGCAAAUGAGGUAAACUUAUAGUUAAUGUCAAUUGAAACUGGAAACUUAAUGUUAUUUUUAAAAAAAGUACCCUUUUCUAUAUUUUGGGGUUCCAAAUGAACUGCUCCUAAAGGAUCUCAGGCUGCAAAAUGCCUCAUAUGAUUGAGAGAAUAAAUAUGUAGCAUGGCAAAAGGGAGGCCAUGAAUAGCCUUAGAGGUCGGGGUAAGGGUUUGAAUAUAACUCUUGAAGGUGCUGGAAGCCAUGGUAAUGUUGUCAUUUCUGGUGGUUUUGGUUAAAAGUUUGGUUGAAGAGACUGAAGAUUAAUCUGUCUUCGUUGCUGCCACUUCUCAAACAUAAAAUUUGAUCAUACAGAGAUGCAGUCAGAUUGAUUUCUGGAAAACAUGCCUCUUUUACAGCAGACCUGUUCUUCCUUUAACGCUUGAUAACCAUCAGACUCAAUUGUAAACAGAUAGCAGUCUAAAUGAAGUAGGGUAAAGGUAGAAUCAGACACAGAAUGUACUGUAUGUGUUUGUGUGUUUGCUUAUGCCUGUUUGAAUAGAGGAGCAGCAGCACAGUAGCAAACUGUACUGCCAAAAGUGAAUAACAGCAGUUGGAAAGGGCUCUGAAUGACUUUUGGCAAAACUACAACUUCACCAAUUAUUUAUUUUAAAGCAAAACACAGCUGUGACACAAGAACAUCAUUUAUUCUUAAAACCGUGACAAAAUAUGACAUCCUUUUCUUCCCCUUAUUUCCUAAAAGGACAAAACUCCUCCCCAGGUAAUCCAAAAAAUACUAAAUUUCUCUGAAUGUACCGAGUGCCCAACCAGCAAACUCCUGUAGCUCUAAGCAUCAACAUUUGCAACUCAAAAAGAAGCCAGAAGAUUUGAAAGUGAAAGUAAGUUAUUACCCUUGGUCCAAACAAAAGACAGCUGUCCCUUUCACGAGGAAUUUUCAAUAGAAAGAAAGAUAAUGGAAAAACCAUAGCUAGAACAAGAAAUCCUGUCUUUUAUACAGAUUAGAUAUUUAUAAAUGAAGGUACCAACAUUUGCUUGUAUAAUCAAAAAGAAAAAAUCUGUUGUUUGUCAUGUGUUACCUCUUCACUUUAAUUUAACACAACUUAAAUUAUCUCAGGAGGUUAUGUCAAAUGUUUUCUUUAGAGGCGUUUAGCUGGAUGGUUGAGAAAUUUUCUCUGGCAGUCAGCAUUGUUAAGACGUUUCCUUUUGGCUCACCAUAUUCAGACACCACUCCCUGCAUCCAGACUUGCUGCAUUUAUCUGAGAGUGGUUAUCAUUGUUGUUAAAUAACUUGGUCUUUUUUUUUGAGUAACUUUGUUCUAGACAAUCACCGUGUCUCUCUGUUUUUUAUCCCUUCGGUGCUGUAGUUGUUAGGGGUACACUUGCCUAACAGAAAAGUGUCUGCGUCUGUUGCUGUGAACAACGUUCAAAAGUCCAGGCGGUGAAUAUACACCAAAAAAAACAAGGUUUAUUUCCAAUUGAUGAGUUGUUAGGUUGACGUGGGUGUAGCAGGAGCAGCUUAACCUACAUGGUUGUGCCGAUACCAAAGCACUACUUACGAUUCUUCAGUAGUGUGACUUUAAGACUUGUUUUAUAAAGACUAAAUAGUUACAAAAAUCCAACUAUUAGUUGUGGUAAAGGAAUACAGCAUCAAUCUUUGAUCAGUCACAGUCCUAAAAAAAGGCUUGAAUGACUUAUUCCCUAGUUUUACCAUAGUUUCUUUUAAACCAUCAAAAAUAUGCUUUAAAGUUGUAACAAUGAAGAACAGCAUGGGAUCUCUACAGAACUUAUGUAGAGCAUCAAACUUUGAUUUCCUUCAGCCAAGUAGAACAACCUCAGAUUGGCAAUUAACUCGAUAUCCAUCUACAAACAAGGGUGUUAAUCUGGGUGAACUAUUAGCUCAUAAAAUGUCUAUUCAAACACAGUUUUACUGGGUCUGUUUUCUGCCAGUUCAAGGCUUGUUUAUCCUCUGUUAUACUUUAAUCAUGUCACUGCGGGUCUUUGUAGUACAGUCAUUAUCUCUUUGUGUGUUAUCAUGCUGCCAAGUUUUGAUGUCUUUGAGUGUUGCAUGAUUGUAGUAAAACUGUUAUGUCACACUGUACCUUUAAACUCGUAUCCACCACAGAGGAGGGUGUGUUAAAGCUUCCUUUACGUCUAAUCUCAAAAUCCUCUCUCAGAAGUAAGCCAAUUACUCUCCUCUCUGGUUAGAAAGUGAGAUACAAAGUCAAACAUGAGCGAAGGAGCAUUUUAAAAAUUAAUAAUUUUAGCACCAUGGGUGACACAGUUUUAUUGUGAUAGAAAUGUCGUGAGAUCUGUUAGCUGGUCUGUUGCAACAAGUCAGAGUGGAAGUGUAUAAAAUGGUUGUAACUUGAGCAUCCACUUGAGGCUGUCCCAAGAGCCAAGAAAGGCCCCAUUAGGACCCAUAUCGUCAAUUUUGUAGCUGGAUCAAAUAUGCUCACAUAAAACAGAAUGCAUCUUGGACAAUAAGUUCUCAAACGGACAGCACUGAAUGCCAUUAUGAGUUGAGACAAAUUAAUUUGCAUUUAUUUACUUCGUUUGGGCUAAAGCUCAACUAUCAGUAUCAGAUUAAGACUUUAAAAGUUAGUUUAAUUUAUCUGAGGUUUAAACAUAUUGAAUAAUUUGUCUCCUUUCUCUCCCUGCAGUCCUGGGAUAUAUUUUUCCGUAAUGCUAACGCUGGGGCUCCUCCUGGCUCAGCCUAUCAGAGCCCUCCCCCCCUCGGUGGGACUAUUCAGGGAUUGGGUGGUGUCCAGGCUCAAGUGGGAGCUCAGCCCAACAUUGAGAAGCUGGUGGCAGAUCAUCUAGCUGUGCAAUCACUCAUAAGAGCAUACCAGGUACGUCACAGACAUCACCUCAGGAAAUAAGGUCACACUUGUUUGCCAGUGGUUAGAGGUUGGGGUCUAAGUUUGUAGAAGAUGAUACUGUUUCCUGACAUUGAGUAGGCUGAGUAUGAACAAUCCUAUCAGAGAUACUAGUCAUGAUUUUUAUCUUCAGUCCUCUGGGAUCAGUACGAGAUAAACAACUGACAUGACAGAGAGGAAAGAAACAAACUGAUAAACAGCUGAUCGUCUCUGCAGUUUAGUAGUGGGAAAGAUAAACUUAAUUAACAUUAUUAAUCAAACAGCAGCUCUGUUAUGUGGUUGCACUGGUUAGGAUACAGUACAUCAGUUUGCAGUUUUACUUUUGUCUUUCAUAAAGGCCAGCUUCGGCAGCACAAAAUCUUACUUUUCAUACUUUCAUUUGUAUUUGUUUGGGAGAAGCCAUGCUGACAAUCUUGUCAGCAGUUUCUACAUGACCUUUGACCUUCAGUACAUGCGUGUCCAGGACUCUUGCUAACAAGUGGACACAUGUUGGGAAAUCUUUCAGGAAGUGAUCAGCGGUUUACAGAGAGUAGACACACACUCAUCAUCAGUUGAACUGGGCUGAUAAACACUGACCUGUUACACACAAACACUGAGCUGUUGUGUUGCUCUGUGCGCAGGUACGAGGUCACCACAUUGCCAAGUUGGACCCCCUGGAUAUCAGCUGUGUUGAUUUUGACGAUACCCCGUGUGCUGUUGGUUUCCAGAACGUUGGUGAGAAAUUUCAACCUGCUCUUAUUUUACUCAAAUGAUCUUUUUGGUCCCUGUUCUUCUUUCUGUCAUACAACUUUUUCACCAUGAGUGUCCAAUCCUUUGUUUCAUCAUUGUACACAGUUUGCCAUCCCCAUAAAGCACAGGACGCAUUCAGAUUGCAAAAUUUGAACGUGUUCGAACAUUAUUUGAAAAUCUGACAGCCCUAACCACUUGAUCAGGAGUCAGUAGGUCAAUAGUGAGGUGUAUAGUGCCAGUUCUUGGUCAUGUAGCAGCUGAUUUAGGCUUAUUACCCCCGACACAGCAUCAUACCCGUUCAGAAAGCAGCAUGUAACAACACGAUUACUUAUCAUUAAGGAGUAUGACCUUCAGCUGACUUAGUUUACCUGUCACAUCUGUUAUUCAUUCACGGGCCCCUUCUUGAGACUAUGGUUGUCGUUUUGAGAGCUGUUGUGGCUGAGAUUUUGAGUAUGUUUGCAUUUAGCUCAAAGUAAAGCCUCAAAGAAGACACUGGACUUGAUAUUGUUCAUCUUUGACUCCGAUCCGAAAUGGCGGCAAUUUUCCCCGUCCACCAAUUCCUACCAGAUCUACCAGAUCUAUUGGUGAGGCGACAUUUGUGGUGGAUUACGGACAGCGGUAAUAGCAAGAACUCACAAGAACCCGCAGAUUCAUGUGCAAUUGCGCGAUAACGAGUUGUCUUUAUAAAGACAGCUUCAUAACCAUAAAAGCAGUACCGUAUUUUUCGCACUAUAAGGCGCACCAGAUUAUAAGGCGCACCGAAAAAUAAAGCGCAUUAAGCCAAAGAAAACAGUUAUUAACUCCGUGAGGCUACGUUAGCUGCAGUGCGCCGAUCCAAAAGGAUUUUAAGUGCGCCUUAUAGUGCGAUAGAUUGUGUCCUUCCAGAGGAGGAAAAUCUACUUCUAGACUUAGAGAAUCAGCAUCUCCUCAUCCAUGGUGUCAUCGGGUUGAAAUGCUGUCUAAAAGCCUUUCACUUGUUCGUCCGCGUGGUGUCAAAUAAGAUCCACCUGAAACACAGAGUGUUUUAUUUUGAGAAGAAGCCAGAUGUUUUAUUUUGUGUCUGUGCCUGACUUCCUUUCCAGCACAGGUUAAUCUGUGCUGAAUUUAUCCGGCAUGCUCCGGCAUCCGGAAAAAAUUGAACUCUUGCGAUCAGCCACGGAGUCUGGACUUGAAUGGUUACAAUCAGCCACGAUUGGUGGAUACAGCCUUUUCGUAGCUGUUCUGCAUAUGGUGGAAAUAGUGUGUUUACACUUGUUUUUGGCAUUUUUCAUCUAUAUUCAAGCCUUUAUUUGUCAUAUCAAGCUCUGCAGAUGUCCUGGUUUUCUUAUCAGCACACUCUGCAUCUUUUGGUUUUGGUUUUUGUUUGGGCAAAUGAGAUAAGACUUGAUGUUUUAAGGCCACCACCCUUUUCAAAAGCUUCAGUUUAAAAGCUUAAGAAGGAAUCAAGUAAAGUAUUUGAGAGGGAUUAAUUAAAGAAAAAAAUGUUUUUCUGCUCCUUUCUCUUUUUAUAUUCUUACAUGCCUGUUUUGUUGUGGCGGUGCCAAGAGGUGGACCAAAGUGCAAAGUGUGUGUGCAUGUCUGUGUGUGUAUAUGUGUGCGAGGCAUGCCUGCAGCAAACUGUGAUUGUCUCUAAUGAAUAGUUUGGGCCUCUGAGUUCAAAAGCAGGUGAUUGUUACGAGCUGUAAAAGGACGUUUCCACAGUUUAUUGUGUCAUUGUUCAGUUUAAACAUGUUCUUCUUUGUCCUGUUAAUGCUCAGGUUCACAGAGGUUGAACAACGGGUCUGCGUGUCAGGCUUCAAAUAUGCCAAAAAAGAAUAAAUGAGAAGCUGUGAGUGAUUCUUGACGUGCGGUGUGUGUUUGUGUCUCUCCACGCCUCCAGAGUUCUCUCAUUACAAAGACCGUCUGAGCGAUCUGACUGCUGGAGGUAGGAUGAGAACAUCAAACCUUUGCUCUUUUGGUUGGAACUAACCCUCUAAAACCUGGAGUGGUGUACUAGGCAUUAAUAACAGAGGCACUAACAGGCUGCUGUACGUUUUUUUCUGUUGGGUGUCAUCAGAGUAUUAACUCAUGAGUAAAGCAUCAGGGUUAUCAGUCUCAACUCAACAUGUUGAACAACUUUAUCCUCCAACAUCCAACAGCUUUACCUUAAUCUGGGCCUAGUUGAGACUUCAUGUGGUUGUUUAAUCACCAUAGAAAACCACACAUACAAAGUAAAGACAACAGAGUAGAGGCGCUGCUCGCCACAGAUCAUCUUUUGCAUACAGCAGUAGUUCAGUUUCGUGCAGAACAUGGUCUCAGUCAAGAUGCUAAGUAUAAACUUCUUUCUAAAGUGACGAGAAAGAGAAGAGCUGCAUUAUGAUAUUAAAAAUCAUAAGAUCUUUAAAGUCAAUUUUAAAAACCACACUUUAACAGGAAUAAUCUGCAGCUCGAGCAGAACAACUCAUGCAGAGGCGAGCCUGAGAGUGGUUCUGUAAUUACCUUUUUACUCAGACAAACUGAGGACAGCAAACAAGACAAAUGUAAGAUAAUACAAGUACAUACGGCUGCAAGAGAACACCAGCAACUGUUGAGUUUGCAACCAUAGUAGAAAUAUUAGCGUGUCGAGCCUCACUGUGCAAAGGAAUGUGGAACAAACUGUUAACGUUGCUCCAUUAAGGAAAAAGAAAACACAAACCAGACAAUCAUUUUGCUGUUCUGCCGUUUGUUGCUGUUCUGCUUCUUGUUUAGUACAAAGGGUGUUGUCUGUUUGCUGUCUUCCUGUAAAGUAAACUCUCCUGUCGUGUAACAGUCUGUUUGUACAGCAGUUAUGUUAUCUGUCUACGGGACAAGGUGCUGGUUGUAACGGGCAUCGGCAUCUUUUUGUGAUGGUGGUGUUAAGUGUGUUUAUAUUUUACAGCCAUACUCAGUCUAUAUGGUGUCAUGUUUCUUUCUAUUUCCAUCAGCUGCUGCUCAUGUUUCCUUCUUCUUCUUCUGUUAGUUAAUGAAAAUGGUCAACAGCUUUCAGGCGCUCUACACCCAACUCUGUGUUUUAUGCCUAACUUGGUGUUUUGUGCAGCAUGUUCUGCUUUUGAUGGCUUGGACUGAAGAAAACGCUGACACAGACAGAGUUGUGCUCCUUCGAAAGGCAGUUUUGUGUGUGUGUGUGUGUGUGUGUAUGUGUGUAUGUGUGUGCGCAACCUUUGCUCAGCGUCCAGUGGGGUCAAACAGGACUCAUCCAGGCUUAUCUGCGCCUGCUUCAUUAAACGUUGGUGUGAUUAGAUUGCACCCAGACUCACUCUUUUUGAUUGCUUCCUUGGAUUGGUGCCUCCGCCUCAUCAAAGAAAACAAAUUGUGUGAUAUUAUGUUCAGAGCGGUUUCUCAAAGGAGGGGAGGAAAGUCCAAAGAUCCCUUAUGUAAAGCUGAGAGCUGACUCUGCCGUAUUGGACUGGGAACCUCCUGUCCUCAGCACGGCAGCAGCCUGCACUCACUUUGCUGACAGAGACGUACAAACAUCACCCCCCUCCCUCUUGUCUGUUCUAUAUUGUCUUAUCUCUUAUCUUUGGUGCAACCAGGACGUCAGAUGUGUUAGAUAAACAAAAGCUAACCUGUAAUGUCUCUGACGGCUCCUCCUGACAAUAUAGACAUACCAUUAUAGCAGCAAAUAACCCAUCGGUCCUGUCCUGUUUGUUUUUCUGCUGUUUGCCCUCAGCUAGAGGAACAUCAGCUGCUUCUCACUGCACAUUAUGAGGGGAAAUCCUGUGAUCCAAUGGUUCCUGGUGCAGCAAAGUCCAGACAGAACUUUUAAAGACAAAUACAAAAUAAUUUCUGUUAAAAAACGAUUUUCUUUUGAAAAUAAGUUCAGAAUUAUUUAAAAGUCAGCAAAACACAACUUUGGGUUCUACUCUUUUCGCACAAAAAAUAAUGUUUACGCCGCUCAAGACUGAUUCAGCUCUGUAUUCCUUUGUAAUGAGAGUAAUGUCGUGAACAAAUCUAUCAGUUAGAUGUCUUUUGCAGUGAGGUUUGUUUGCAUUUUAGACUACAGGGUCUAUUUUGCUUCAAAUAAUCAGUACUGACUUGUUUAAAUGUGAACAGAAGACCAUUUUACUAAUUGCAUGCACUUUAAGAAUCAGACUUUGUCUCAUUUGCACUAGUUGAGUGGGUGCAGAAAUCAGUUCACUUUGUGAUUAUAACUUCCCUAAAAAAGUGUUUUAUAAAUGGAAGUAAGGUGGAGUUUAAUUAAGAGAGCCGUUUUAACCAGUAAAAUUCAAUUGCUGUUCUACCUUUUGAUGGAAUAAUAAAUGAGAUUUUCUAAUUGUGCUCAGCAGAUCAGCUAACAUUCAGAAUUAAACAUUUCCUUACAGUCAAACACACAGUUUAGCCUGGAGAAAAAUACAGACUGAAUAAAUAUUUGCAGGGAUUUAAAUGAAGCUUUUUAAGGAAAUUUCUCUUAAAAUCACAUAAUUACUCUGUUUACUCGACAAAACUUUCCGCCCUGGAGCAGCCAUGGUAUGCUUUGCAACCUUAAUGAAAAGAAAAACAGUGCAUGACAAAAACAGGAUGAAUUUUUAAAAAAGAUGAAAGACUUCCAGUUACAACCCUGUAGGUUGGUAUUAAAGGAAGACCUGCAUGUUCUUGUUUGGCAGGUUUGUUAAGAGUCUCAUCAUGACCCUGAUGAAGAAAGUGAGUCUAAGAUUGUGAGAAAGUUUCAGCCUCCUUAGAGAGGAACAGAUAAAAUUAGAAUCAAUUAGACACAAUCAGACAGUGCAGAUUUUCCCUGUGGGGUUACAUGACCGAUUUAAUGCACAAAGAUCAUUUUACCGUUAAUGAUGAGGUCUGUUGAGUCUGCUUGACCUGCUACUGCAGAACUCUGAGACACGAACACUAAAGGUGCCAUCUGAGCCUCACCUGAGUUUGGAUUCUAUGGGCUCUAUUUUCGUGUGCAGUUGUAUUUUCAUCUGGCGGAGCCCGGCGCACAGCCAGUUUGGUAUUUUCGUGGACUGAGGCGCACCGAGGUCCGCCAAGAUGGGCGUGGUGGCGAGGCAGGGGGAGGUGUCGAUAGAAUCAGCUGCUGCAGUGACAUUUUCGUGCUCACCGGUGGCGACUAAGUGCGCUGAAAGCUUGCUGAUUCAAACCUGGUCAGCUUUCAGUGCAGGCUGAGCGCAGCUGGUCUAGUAGUAUUUUGGUAGACCGGCGGUGUAUCGGCAUACGUCACUGAUGCCUCACCAGCAGGUUUCCACAGUGUCAGGAACAUUUCAGUGCAAUAAAUAAUUAACAACAACUAAUAAUCUGAGUCAGCACAUACAUUUAGAUCCAAAUUGAUAUACUCUGAUCUAAAUCUGAUCUGAUGAGCGCGUUUGGCACGCGUUUGAACACACAACCUCACGGAUUUAACACAGCUGAAACCGCAUUAAAUUAAAUUAAAUAUCUAGUAAAUAGACACACAUGAUGAAGUUAACAAGAUAUGUAAUUCGUCUCCCUCCUUUUCUUUCUUCCUCGUCCUCUUAUUUCUCGCACAGCUCGACCUGGACACGUCUCCAUGCCCCCCCCCCCCCCUUCCUGCAGCUGCUGCUGCUGCGGCGGCUGAACAAAUGAUUUGUUUAAGUGAUCAGAUGAGUUCUUUACUUUAAGCCUACAUAUGAAUAUUAUAAUAUUCAGUUUUGUGGGCCAAAUUUAUUUUAUAUGCCAACAUCUAUGAAAGAAAGAGCCAGGCCAGGGAGCGCGAUGCGUCAUUUACGCACAGAUGGUUCCAAUUUUAAUGCCAUUAUUGGAAUUUAUGAUGUGAUCUCUGCGCACAACCCACCUUUGUCACAUGAUGUUUGAAUAUGUGCAACUUCAUGUGAGUGUCUUUAUUUGUGGAAAAGGGUGUUUGUCUUACCAAUGGGUCCAACAUUACACACACCAAAUCCAUCUGUGCUCAUAUGAGAGAGUGUGAAGGACAACCUCUGCAGCGUUUACAGUGACACUUGUUGAGGAGCUGCCUUCUGUCGCCAUCGUGUGGCAUUACUGUCUUCAGACAUCUCUUGAUCUCUUUGUCUGCUUCACAAAAAUAGUAAUACACCUCGCCGGUGGCGGAUUUAAAGGGGAGGAGAGGAGCUGAUGUUAGUGGUCAAUACAGGUCUCGGCUGUGUUAAACCCACUCCAUGCCCUCUCUCCUCCCUCGCUAUGACUUACGCCGCGAAUUAGGGAGGGGGGAUACUUACGCCGGGCUGCGCCGCUCACCAAAAUAUCAAAUUGUGCUUGGGAACGCCUUGCCGGCACGGCGGACCUGACUUAAGCCGCACCUGCGGCACGUCUCCGGCGAGGCACGAAAAUAGAGCCCAGUGACUUCAAAUGUUUAAUGAAAGCAAAAAGAUCAAGAAAAAACAUAAUUAAUUGAUUCAUAAUAACUAUGAACCCAGAGUCAGAUAAACUUCUCUUGUUUGUUUUUUCUCAAGCACAGGUACGAAUUUCUUUUUUCAUUUGCAGAAGCCCCUUUUAAAAGAUACUCAAAAAAUUGAUGUUAAUGUGUUUCCAACAGGUCUCUAUGGACUGGUGGAGUCCGACUUGGACAAAGUUUUCAGGCUUCCCACCACAACCUUCAUUGGAGGAAAUGAAAGCGCUCUGCCUCUCAGAGAGAUCAUACGCCGCCUGGAGGUAACAGAGUUUUAAAAUGGGUCGAAUACACAGAACUUGGUUUGUAAUUUGUGAUUUAAAGAUGAUGAUGUGAAGACUCGACAGAAAAGCAGAAAAACUUUUUCAGGUUAUGGAGGGAAAAACUAAGUUUAGAGAAGAAGGUGAUGUCAGGAUGUAUGUCCAGCUUGUAGAUUUAUCUGUGUUUCUUUUACCCAGAAUCUGACCCAUUAAACACCCUAAGCUGUCCCUCUUUCUCAUAGACGGCCUACUGCCAGCACAUUGGAGUGGAGUUCAUGUUCAUCAAUGACAUGGAGCAGUGUCAGUGGAUCAGACAGAAGUUUGAGACUCCAGGAACCAUGCAGUUCAGUCUGGAGGAGAAGCGGACUCUCCUGGCCCGGAUGAUCCGCUCCACCAGGUCUGUUUCUGAUCCCCUAAACUGGUAAAAGGUGAGGUGUUACUUAAGUGUGACUGAAGGGGGUUUGAUGUUUGUAAUGUGGAGCAGCAGCACCUCCACCUGUUCACAGGUUUGAGGAGUUCCUCCAGAGGAAGUGGUCUUCAGAAAAACGGUUCGGCCUGGAGGGAUGUGAGUCACUCAUCCCGGCGCUGAAGACGAUCAUUGACAAGUCCAGUCAGAGCGGGGUGGAGAGUGUGAUCAUGGGGAUGCCUCACAGGUGCGUUACAUCAUGGCCCUUAUGUUGUCCUGUAAAAUAAGUAUGUGAAGAAACACUGAGGUACAAAGUUUUUAACAUUUUCAUUCACUGCUGUUUCAGUCAAACAUUUCUGUGUGAUAUGAAGAGUUCAGCUGGGACCUUCCUCUGUAUUUGUCGGAUGUUUUUAUAACUUUUUGUCUAAAUUAUUUUGUCUUCAGUGAGACUUGAAUCAGCUGAAAUCAUUAAAGAUGUAAAUAAAAGAUUUUCUGAUUCUUCAACACCUGAGUGUGACCCUCUUCUAAACUGACAUCUUUUAGAGGUUUUAACCUUUUUUUCCUCACACAAACUUUUUAUUGACUCCCUCCUAAAUACGUCUUUGUCCCUCUGCAGAGGGCGGCUGAACGUACUCGCCAAUGUGAUCCGGAAGGAGCUGGAACAAAUCUUCUGCCAGUUUGACUCCAAACUGGAGGCUGCAGACGAGGUUUGAACAUUCACUGCUGAGGCCAAGAGAAAGUUUUGAUGAAUGUCUGGUUAUCCUCCAAAUAUUGCACUGUAGCCUGCAUAUCUUUGUCUGCAUCUGGCAAAAAACUCAGUUCAUGAAGAAUCGAGCAUUUAAAUGUCACAUCUGAGAGGCUAGAAGUGCAAAUAUUUGGGGUCUUUACGAGUUAAUUCCUCUCAGAUGACAAUGACAUCUUUUAUUUAUAUUCCUUUGUCAGAUAAAUGAUAAAGUGGGGUGUGAGUUUUUGAAUACAUCCACGUCUCUUUGCCAUGUUUUCAUUCACUCCUUAGAUUUCCUUUCAGUUUUCCUUUUCUGUCCUCAGGGUUCUGGUGAUGUAAAGUAUCAUUUGGGGAUGUAUCAUAAGAGGAUGAACCGCGUCAGCGACCGUCAGAUCACGCUGUCCCUCAUGGCGAACCCGUCCCACCUGGAGGCAGUGGACCCGGUGGUUCAGGGGAAGACCAAAGCCGAGCAGUUUUAUUGUGGAGACACUGAGGGAAAGAGGGUACGCAGUCUGAGCUCUGUUUGUCAUCAUGUGGAGGGAGAAAGCUCCUCUGCUCUGACAUGUUAGUAACAUGAAGAAUGACUCCACAGGUCAUGUCUAUUCUGCUCCACGGUGAUGCUGCGUUUGCAGGUCAGGGUAUUGUGUACGAGACGUUUCAUCUCUCUGACCUGCCGUCCUACACCACACACGGGACCAUUCAUGUGGUGGUCAACAACCAGGUAGUUGUUCAGGCUCCUGUUCAUCAACCUCAUCUUUAAAUCAGAGGGCUGUAUUUGACACAAAGCAUUAGGUCUCGGCUGUAAUUGCAGAUGAUUUAGUUCUCCAUUUUGUCGUUUUCACAGAUCGGUUUCACCACGGAUCCCAGGAUGGCUCGCUCAUCUCCGUAUCCCACAGAUGUGGCUCGAGUCGUCAAUGCUCCAAUCUUUCACGUCAACGCUGACGACCCCGAGGCGGUGAUGUUUGUGUGCAACGUAGCGGCUGAGUGGAGAAACACCUUCCACAAAGACGUGGUUGUAGAUUUGGUAUGUAAAGCAGAGAGUUACAGUGAAAUGAUUUGCAGCAUUUAUUCUACGAGCUUUUAAAUGUUUGCUUUCUUGGUUUCAGGUGUGUUACAGACGAAACGGACACAACGAGAUGGACGAGCCCAUGUUCACUCAGCCGCUAAUGUACAAACAGAUCAAGAAGCAGAAAGGAGGCCUGAAGAAGUACGCCGAGAAGCUCAUCACUGAGGGAGUCGUCGGUGUACAGGAGUAUGAGGUACAGAAACCUUGAAGAGAUGAGCCUCCUUAUUGUAAAUGAAGUGAUUAAAUCAGCUCACGUUUUACUCUUUAACUUUAAUUUUUCAGGAGGAAGUAGCGAGGUACGAUAAAAUCUGUGAGGACGCUUACACUCGCUCCAAAGACGAGAAAAUCCUCCACAUCAAACACUGGCUGGACUCACCAUGGCCUGGUUGGAUCCUGAUGUUUUAUCCCAUUAAUCUUUAAUAUUCAUUUUCUCACCUAGUUUGGAUAUUUGUUGCUUUUGUAACGAGUUUGUUUGUGUGUUUGUAGAGUUUUUCACUCUGGAUGGACAGCCCAGAACGAUGACCUGCCCUUCGACCGGCAUCAGCGAGCAAGAGCUGAUCCACAUUGGAAACAUCGCUUCUUCUGUCCCGGUGGAGGACUUCACCAUACAUGGAGGUUAGUUUCCACACUCCUCCUCCGUUUGCGAAUUCGAUAGAAAUAUCUAAGCCGCUUUCUUGUCUCUGUUUCUGCUCCUCGUUGGUGUUUUCAGGUUUGAGUCGUAUCCUGAAGGGCCGUGGGAACAUGGUGAAUCAGCGAGUGUGUGACUGGGCUCUGGGGGAGUAUAUGGCCUUUGGUUCUCUGCUCAAAGAGGGGAUCCAUGUACGACUCAGUGGACAGGAUGUGGAGAGGGGAACAUUCAGGUAAUACACAAAGAGAUGUUUGCGCUCAUAUUCCAGUUAUGUGUGAGUUAGGGUUAGGGUUAGGGUUAGCUUGUUUGUUCUGCUAGGAGUGGAGAAAAAGCAAUUAUUUUAAAACAUGAAAUUUUGAUGCAGUGAAAUCAGCUGCUCUUCUCGUCCACUUGAUGGUGCUGUUGAGUAAUUUCCUGCUGACAUCUUCACCGUUCUCCUUUCUGAUGUUUUCAUUCAGUCACUCAGUCACAGUCAGAGAGGGAGUCAGUCAUUUAUUUGCCAUUUUCAGAAAAAAAAAUACAUUGGAAAGCAUUUGCUUGAGGACAAUAAAGACAGACAAAGUAAGUUACAUAGAAACAAAGAAUAAAGUGAGUUAAAAUUACAGUUAAAGUUAAGUAUAAAAGCACACUGCACAUAACUAUAAUGAUACCAAUAAAUAAUGAUAAAGAUACUAAUAGUAUUUAAAACUUCUGUUUGAUGCUCAGACACGACAUGAAAUUAAGUACACCCCUGAGGCUAGAGGUUAUUUAAGCUGCGCACAGCACAGGGAAAGGAACUAUCUGAAAACCAGGAGGGAGAAUAUUUGAUUGAAGAACAAAAAGGCUGGAGGCAGGGUGAUUGGUGUCGCUCACUAUUUUUGAAGCCCAAGCCAGGAGCCUUGAGUUAUAAAGUGCAUCAAGUUUAGGCCGGUCAGUGCCAAUAGUUUUCUUAGCCAGAUUGACUUUUCUGGUCAGAUAUUUUCGGUCCUGUACUGUUACUAAACCAAACUGUGGACAAAGAGGUAAGAAUACUUUUGAUGAUACACCUAGAAAAGUUAAUUAAAAUCUGACAGUUAGAGGAGAACUCUUUCAUUUUACGAAGGAAGAAAAGUCGUUGCAUAGUUUCUUGAUAAUAAUACUGGUGUUAAAGUGCCAGUUUAGAUUGAUUGUAAUAAUGACACCAAGAAAUUUGAAGCUACUCACCAUCUCAACCUCUGUGUUGUUUAUAAUGAGAGGGAGAUGGGGUCGUUUUUUUCUACAAAACUCAAUUAUGAUCUGCGUCGUUUUGGAGACAUUUAAAAUGAGAUUGUUCAUCUCGCUCCACUCAACUAGGUUCUGUACCUUAGCUCUAUAAAGCGACUCGUCAUUACAAUCUAUUUUCCCAAUGACAGUACUGUCAUCAGCGUACUUUACAAUCAAGUUAUUUUUGUAAUAAGCAGUGCAGUCAUAUGUACUGAGGUGUUACUCUCCUCAUGUGAUAUUAGCACCAUCCCUCCAGCUCACACUCUGUCACACUGAUUUUUCUCACAUAUUUCUUGCUGUGUUCUCAUAUCAAUUCAGGUAUGACACAGACACCUGUCCAUCUGUUAGUCCCACCCUGUAUGCUCUGACUGUGAGGGAAGUUUUUCUUCAUUCUGUCUCAGUUUAAACUUGAUUUUCUCUGAUUUGCUUCACAGCCACCGUCACCACGUUCUCCAUGACCAGAACGUCGAUAAGAGGAUCUGCAUCCCCAUGAAUUACAUCUCAUCUGAUCAGGCUCCUUACACCGUCUGCAACAGCUCUCUGUCUGAAUAUGGAGUCCUGGGUAAAAAAAAAAAAAAACACGCUUCCAUGAAUCAGACUCUAACCGUGUUGAAGUUCUGACUAGUUUUCACUUGUGUCUUCUUCUUUGAGCAGGUUUUGAGUUAGGCUUCGCCAUGGCCAGCCCAAACGCUCUGGUUCUGUGGGAGGCCCAGUUUGGAGACUUUCACAACACGGCUCAGUGCAUCAUCGACCAGUUCAUCAGUUCGGGUCAGGCCAAGUGGGUCCGACAGAACGGCAUUGUGUUGCUGCUUCCUCAUGGCAUGGAGGGAAUGGUAGGAACUAAGAAAAACAAACAGUUAUUGUUUCAUUAUCCUGCAAAAUUGCCGGGUGAUUUGGAAAACGUGUCUCUGUUAUUAUCUUUGAUUUUGUGUCUCAGGGUCCAGAGCACUCAUCUGCCCGCCCUGAAAGAUUCCUACAGAUGUGCAACGAUGAUCCUGAUGUGUUCCCAGUAAGUUUGAGACGGUCAUAGUUUAUACCCCGACUCUCCUGUGCAGAAAAUGUCUUUUUUUUUAAAAAGGUCUGCACUAAAUCUGUUUUAAAUAUAAAAUAGUCCUUAUUUCUGAGAAUCAGCACAUUUUAAAGGUUUUUAACCACUCAAAGUAAUCUAGAGUAAGGAUAAGUACUCAGCAAACUCUCAAUGGCGCCAAAAUCACAAAAAGUACAUAAAUACCAGCUUUAAAACAUAGGCUUAAAGAGUAAAUCUGUAUGUUUUAAUAUGAACCCUAUUUAAACACAUUUAAAGGGAUAUUCCUGUGUAAAAUUAAUUUAGGGUCAAACACACCAUAACACUGAGUUAGACACCUCCUCCAGAGAUGAAUGUUGCUGACCGCUUGUUUCUCUAGUGAUACCAACUUUAGUAAUGACAGCAGAAUAGCAAUACACAGCGGUCUGAGGAGCCAUAAACAAACCUCAACCAAAACGCCACUCUAUAGCCACAAAUAAUGCUAAGAACAGCACCCAACUUCAUCAACAGUACAUAUAGGGUCCCAGCCAUAGUACUAGCCACCAAACAUCUUUUUAACUUUGCCUGAUUUCUUUAGCAAAGAGACUAAACACAACUCACCUACUCUCUUCCAGCAGCCGCUUGUUUGUAGCAAGACCUCAGACCAGUCCAUUACAGACUGCUGCGGGGUGACACAGCUCAAGGAAGAACAUUUAUGAUCCGUGUUACAGUGUGUUUGACCCUAAAUUAAUUCUUCGCCACAAUAUCCCUCUAAGGAUCUUUCUCAGGCGUUAAAAUCAGCCUAAGAAAGUAAUGGUUUAGUUCUAAAAGAUGUCACCUGGAUCAUUGUUUAUUGAAUGGGUGUUCGAAUUCAUCAAAAGCAUUUUUAAGUUUUAGAGUUAAUUUUUUUACCCUUAAAAUAGCAGUCAAAGAGGAUUACCUAAAUGAUUGUCUUUUACAGUGAUGACUUUUGUAUUUUCUGACCUUCCUUUUAAUCUCUGUGUUUUCAUCAGAAACUCUCGGAGGACUUUGCUGUGCGGCAGCUGUACGAUUGUAACUGGAUCGUCGUCAACUGUUCGACUCCUGCGAACUAUUUCCACGUCCUCCGCAGACAAAUCCUGCAACCUUUCAGGAAGCCGGUGAGGGAAACUCCAAGAAAACAGUCUGGAUUAUGGGCUCCACUUUACUGAACUAUCUUUAUGUGUUUAUCUCCAGCUGAUAGUUUUUACUCCCAAGUCACUGCUGCGUCACCCAGAGGCCAAGUCCAGCUUUGUUGAGAUGCUGCCAGGUGAGUGCUGCCAGAAUCUCCAACACAGCAAAGUCUUAAAAUUCUCAUCCUUUUCGUGUGUUGAGAGAUUCUGUCUGUCACUCUUCAGGAACUCACUUUAAGAGAGUUAUCCCAGACGAUGGACCUGCAGCCUCCAGCCCGGAGAAGGUGAAGAGAGUUGUUUUCUGCACCGGGAAGAUCUACUAUGAACUGACCCGGGAACGCAAGAACAGAGGCAUGGAUGAUACUGUGGCCAUUGUUCGCAUAGAGCAGGUAACUCCAGAGGAUGAGCAGAGGGAUGAAACCAACCGUAGUGAGCAAAGAGUGCAUGUGAAUAUCAGAGGUGUUGUGAGCUAAGAUCAGAUUUUUGUCUGCUCUCUUUUGGAAGCGCCAUGGUCUUCCUUUAAGGCUAAGCUUCUAUGAUGUUGAUAAUGCUUUUUUUAAGUUGUAGGUGUGUGCUGCAAAUUGCACUUUUUCACAAACCAAUUACAUGGCUUUUGUACCAACCAGGACACAGUGAGUGGACUGCAAACAAAUAACAUCUAAAAGCAAAUUCAGCCAAUUUUGAUUGUUGUGAACUGCAAAAAUUUAGACCAACAUACAGCGGGGCAGAAGUUGUUGCCAGCUUAAUGUAAACAUUGAUACCCUGUUAAACAUCCCUGACAAUUGAGGGAGUGUAGAUGUAAAGUUUGGAGUUUAUUUCACGAAAAAAUGACGUGUGUUUAAGUGAAGACGUCCUCUCAUUUCAGCUCUCUCCGUUCCCGUUUGAUCUGGUGAAGUCUGAGUCUGAUCUGUAUCCAAACGCCGAUCUGGUUUGGUGUCAGGAGGAGCACAAGAACCAGGGAUACUACGACUACGUCAAGCCCCGCAUCCGCACCACCAUCAACCGCGGCCGCCCCGUCUGGUGAGUCUGUUUUUACCAUGAAGGAGAGGUUAGGAAGUAUACCUGCAGGCAGAGAUGUAUUAAAGCUCCUGUGUGUGUUUUUCUCUGUAGGUACGCUGGUCGGGAGCCUGCAGCAGCUCCUGCAACUGGAAACAAACAAACUCACCUCAACGAGCUGCAGCGUUUACUGGACACGGCAUUUGAUCUGGAAGCUUUCGCAGGGAAAGUUUAAAAACCAUGUUUACAUUUCCCUUCACCCUCCAGCUCACACAUCCAACCUGCCUGUUUAAGUUUUUAUUUCUUACUUUAACAUAUCAGAUCGUUCUCAGGCACUCAAAGGAAACGCACAAAAACUUACUGACACUGUUACCAUCAAACCUCGUGUUCACUUGGAUGGAAGAAAAAAAAAAGCUUGAAUAUGUGAAUUUAAACAGAGUUAAUUUUUUAUACUAAGAGUUUUAGCUUCUUUGUUUAUUUUGCUAUAUUUUCUUUUUAACUGAAUGUCCACCUGCUGCACUCUGCACAAACACAAUCUCACAAAAUAAUGAACAACAUCCAUCAUGAUGAACUUCUUAAAUACUUUAACUUUUGAAAUAUUUAGUGCAGAAUCAAACUGUAUAUCUCAAAUAAGUGGAGGCUCGAUCACGUGAUUAACCGGAGAGGGUCGAUUUGGUUUUGAUGUUUUCAUGCUCAGGUUUCUUAAAGACUUCUAAACUCUAUUUUUAACAUUUGGAUGGAUCUUUUACCCUUGGUGAGAGUCAGUGAGAGUGUGGUUUGGGUUUUUAGAUGCGCCAGUUUACUUUAGAACUUAAACCCUGCUUCUUUUAUGCAGAGAUUUUGAACCCCAAACAUACAGCCCCAGUUUAUUCCCUACUCUUAAUUGAUUUCUGCAGAUUGUCUGUGUUGAAGAAGUUGGUCUGUACAAGAUUUCUGUGUCAGCAGCGGGAAUUGUAAACAGAGUUUGUUUAACUUGGUCGACAACACAAAACAAAGAUGGCAGCCUAAGAUUGAGACAAACUGUGUGCUUAAUUUAAAAAGACUUAAAGUGAAAUUAUGUCGACUAAAUGUGUACAGAAUGGACUGUAUUGCUGUGAUUGAAACACUAAUGUAGAUGUUUGAAAGGGGUUCAGCUUGUUUCUGCACUUUUAGAACUUUAGAUUGACUCUGAAUCAUUUCUUUACAUCCAUGCAGACAUCACGUGUCUUUUUACAUCUUUAAAAGCUUUCUUCAUUCUUCCUCUUAUUUUUCACUUCUUUAAAUGUUCUGCGUCACAUCGUCUCUCCUCUACCUCUGUGGUUUACUCAACGUCCUGCCUCAUCGCUGUAAACGCCUCAGUUUGUGCCAAAUCUCACAGAUUACUUGAAAUCAAAGUUUAAUUUAAAGAAGAAAUCACUCUGAAGUCAAAAGAUUAUAAAAGAGGACAUUAAGAGAUUCUUGAGCCUCAGAUUUGAAGGAUGUAUUUAUUUUCUUGUAUGUUUUAUUGUUCUCAAAAAAAUAAAGAUUAUGGUGCUCCUGAA